UACAUAACCACUUUCUUCUCUUCUCAAUUAGAUGCUUGGCAUGGUCGUGCGGGCUGGAUGCAUAACAGUUUUCCUUAUAUUUGGCAUCAUGUUUCUUCUGUUGGGAAUUUUGAUGAUAGAGGUCAUCGUUUUAGCCGAUAUGUAUGCCAUACCGAUUGCAAUCUUGAUCAUUUUAUGGUCUAUAGGAGCCUUCCUGAUAUACUGUUACAUAAAGGCGAAGAGGAAAUCAUUGCGAGAGUUCAAUGCUCUUCCAGACGACCACCCUGACCGCUUAAAGUACAGCAAUGUCUAUGUGCCCGGCACUGCACCCGGGGAGUACCCAGUGACCAACGUCUACCACUUCCCCGCCAACGCUCACGGGCAAACUGAUGGCAGCGGACAAGCAGCAGCUUUGGUGUCAGGACAUACGUUAACGCCAGCUUAUCGACCGCGGCAGCAUGCAUCACCACAGAGGAAUUAUCCACCUUCACAGGAGUACCCACUUCCACAAGGAUUUUAUCCAAUUCCACAAGGUCCCUCUGCUCCUCCACUACAAGAGCCCGAGCGGAAAUUCAGCGAUGACCCACCGCCGUAUUCGGAAAUCUAAAAAAAAAAUCAGGCGGUGAAAACAUGUCUGUAUUAAUAAGUAUUUUUUUACGGAUUAAAGUUAGCAUUAUCCCUUUGAAUACAUAAUGUUUUUUUCUCUAAACGAACUACAUUAAUCAAUUAUUAUGAAAACUUAAAGUAAAAGAAUGGAAUUAAUGUUUUACCAAGAGCGAAAGAGUGAAGGGGAGAAAAAAUGAGUGAAGAGAAUAAUGAAAUUCGGUUGAAAGUUUAGUUACUUUAUAUGUACACAAGUAUAUGUUCAGUCACUUAUGACCAUACAGAAAGACAUACAGAAACAUAAGUAGAAAACACGUAAAUUCAUCUCAUCGUUUUAUAUGGUUUUCUCAAGUGAAACUGGGGCGGGUUUUCAACUAACCAAUCGCAAAAGGGUAUUCUGCAUCUCGUUCAGGUAUGUCUGAGCAUCACGCCAACACAAACUAUUUCCUACAUGCACUAUGCAGUUCGUGCAUUAUCAUAUUAAAUGUUCUAUCUACCUGAAUGUUACCUCUGGAAAUGUUACUUUUCGCAUAAAUACGAGUAUUUGGAGUA